UCAUUUUACUCUUUACAAAACCGUUUUAUUUGGCGAGAAAUGCCACAGAGGAAAUAAUUUCGACCUAACCAACAUUUUUUGUGUGCUUUUCACUACUAUAGUGUUUGAUCUUCUAUAGAUAAUAUCAAAAUCAUAUCAGCGGUGUACUGCAGGUUUGUUACAGCAUUCGGAACACACCUCCAUGGACUCAGAAAGCAAGGACAUAUGUAGGACAACUAUGCAUGGUUAUUGGUAAAAGAGGAAAUCUUUGUCAACAGCAAGAGUGACUUCAGUGCAGAAAAAUGGCAUCUGUCAGUGAAGAAGAUGCGUCUAUGCUGGUGAGCGAAGACGAAGAGGACUUUAUGGAUUCUGUUUCAACACAAUCUUCAUCUCCACGCUUUGAAAACAGAGACAUAAAACUAAAUGAUAAUCAGCCACCUGAUUGUGACUUUGAAAGUUUUGUGAUGCUUAGCACAGACAGACAGUCUCCUUUUGAGGCUGACUCUGAAAUGAGUCAAGGCAAGCACCAUAAUGUUGAUGAAAAAAACUCUGAGCAGUAUGCACCUGCCACAAAAACAUCGGCAUCAGAGUGCAGCACAGAAGAAAAGACUGAGGAGAAACCUAUCUCAGUGAAGUCUAUGAUUAACAAAUUUGGUGGUGGAGUAAAGGCAACAGCUUCUGAUGUGUUUUCCAAACCCAAAGCAACAUUGCCUACUUCAGGUCACAAAAAGCCCCAUGAUAAGACCUUUGCUGCUGUAGAUGAUGGUGGUAUCCAUUUGCAUGAAAAAGGGACAGGUAGUUCAGAAAAGGAUGGAAGCUGCAUCUUAACUGCUGAUAGUUCAGUGGACUCUGAAUUGUGCACAAAGCUGACAGAAAUUGAUCCAGAUAACAAUGGGUUGAUGAGGAAUACCAGGACAGCUCAAGGUAAGUGUUUCAAAAUUACCACAGAAGUAGGAAACCAAGAAAAUGAAGCAGAAGUUAGUUGGCAGGAAAGUUUCAAGGAUAGGUCAGAAACUUUAGAUGGGCAGGCUGUACCAGCUGUGCUGCCAGGUGACUCAGUUGAGAGAAUACUUGAAACACAUGUACCAGGUGAACAAGAGGACAACUGGAAAGUUGAGGAGGAAGGUGACAUUAAUUGUGAAGAACCUCAUGCAGAUCUGGAAGACAGCAUCAGUCUACCUGGUUCUUUCACAAGCUCGUCAUCUAGACAAGAAGAGCAAAAAGAUAACUGGAAAGCUGAGCAGGACGAUGACAUUAAUUAUGAGGACCUGUCCAUAAAUCUACCCGAAGAGGAUCUGUCCCUAAAUCUACCCCAGACCAUCUGCAGUGAAACAGGAGUAUUUGUAAGCCCAGCUGGCACUUUUCCACAAGCUAGCUUUCAAGAAAAUUUACCCGAAGUUCAGGAGCCAGUGCACAGAAUGUCCCCUUCAGAAAUGUGUGAGUCUCAAAAGAGAGAAAGGUACCUGCAAAGCCCCUCAGAAUUAAAACCCAUUCCCUCACAUCAAAACCAGCACCAAAUUUCAGGGGCCCAGCAAUAUUAUAUACCUUCAAAGGACACAACUCAUCAUUUUGUACCUAAGGAAUGCAAAGGCAGCAGUCCAGGACAUGAACAAAUCCGCAUGCAGCAGGUGGGGAUACAGGAACAGCACCAGAAGUCUCCAAGAAGAGAACAAACACCAGCUCACCUUCAGGUGACUGGUUUUCCCAGAGAAACAAGCCCAGCAGCAUAUUUCAGACAACAAGGUGUGCCAGACAACCCAGUUCCUCAAUCUAAGUGUGCAGGAAGCCCACCAGGCCCUCAUCAAAGCAAAUCAGCUAACAAUGAUUCAGCCACUGUGCGUGUAGAUGGUGUUGAUGAGAACAUGGAGCUUGACUUGAUUAAACUGUACUUUGAGAGCGCAAAAUCAGGAGGUGGGGAUGUCAUCAGUGUGGAAGACUACCGCAGUGAAGGCUACGUACUUGUGAUGUUUGAAGACACAGAAGCUGCUGAAAAUGUCACCCAUCGUCCUCAUACAGUGGGCAAAAAAUCACUUAUUGCUAGCCUACACAAAGUUCAAUCACCUGAGGAGAAAUCACCUGCACAAAGCUGCACAGUUGAAGUGCGUGGUGGAAGCAUUGUCGAAAAAGAAGAGCUACUACAGCUGUAUUUUGAGAAUUCUAAAAAAUCUGGUGGAGGUCCCAUUAAAAGCUUUAGAAUGGAUGCAGAAUCCAGUGUUGCUUUCAUUACUUUUGAAGAUGAAACAGCUGUAGCUGAGGUACUGAGUAGAUCACACAGCCUGACGGGAGUAAGCUUGAGUGUUACACCACACAGACCAUCUAGAACUAUCAGAGUGCGUGGCCUGAAAAAGAAUACCAGCACAGAUUUACUGGAAAUGUACUUUGAGAGCAAGAGAGCUGGUGGCAAUGAAGUGGAGAAAGUUGUUCUGAAUGAUGGAAAGGGAGAAGCUUUGGUCACAUUUAAAGAUGAGUCAGCUGUUCAUGAUGUACUACAAAAAGAACAUGUGAUUGGAGGAACCAAAGUAACAGUCAAUUUACAUGAAGGUGCCACCAAAGCUUCAGCUUCAGAAACAGAGCAGAUGAUGAGCAAAGAAAGUUGCACAGUUGAGGUGUGUGGCCUCAGUAAACAGACCUCAGAAGAAACAGUGGUUUUCUAUUUUGAAAACAAAAGACGGUCUGGAGGUGGUCCAAUCCAGGAAAUCAAAAGAGAUUUGCAGCACGGUAGAGCAUUGAUAACAUUUGAAGACCAUGAAGCUGUGCAGAAUGUACUACAAAAAGAACAUACAAUUGAAGGAGCCAAAGUGACAGUUCGUUUACAUGAAGGCGCUACCGAAGCUUCAACUUCAGGAACAGAACAGACGAACAAAGAAAGUUGCACAGUUGAGGUGUGUGGCCUCAGUAAACAGACCUCAGAAGAAACAGUGGUUUUCUAUUUUGAAAACAAAAGACGGUCAGGAGGUGGCCCAAUCCAGGAAAUCAAAAGAGACUUGCAGUCCGGAAGAGCAUUAAUAACAUUUGAAGAUCAUGAAGCUGUUAAAAGAGUACUUGAGAAAAAACAUACAAUUGAUGGAAAGGAACUCCAGGUGAACGUGUACAUUCCACCAACAGACAGGGUUGUCUCAAGCUAUGACAGGUGUGAUGAUCAGGAACUGAACAGUGUGGUCAUUGAUGGCCUUGGUAAAUCAACCAGUAAAGAUACUUUAUGGAACUACUUUGAAAACAAUCGGCGUUCAGGUGGUGGACCUGUCACAGAUGUCAGGUUUGAUGACAAGAGAGGAGUGGUGUACAUCACCUUUGAACAUGACGCUGAUGCUUCAAAUGUGGCUUCACGUAAACACAAGCUGGAUGGGAAAGAAGUGACUGUCAACAUUUACAGACCUCCAGAAAUGAUGAAAGAUCGUGUCGUGCUAACUGAGCUAGAAGAUGUAAGCUCAGUGGAUGAACUGUUAAAUUUUGUGGAAGCAAAGACUGGAGAGGAUGUGUCAUCCAUUCUGUUUGGCAAUGAUGGCGAAGCAGCUGUUGUUAUAUUUGAAAAUGUCAUAGAUUUCCAUGAAGUGCAGUCAGCUUUGACUAAAAAGCUUUUCAAAGGAAGAACACUGGUUGUUGAGCCAGUGCCAGUGAGUGCAACUGUGCUUGUGCAAAACUUGCCCCAAAACCCACCUUCAUCUACAGACAUGCUGUCCAACUAUUUUGAGAACAAGCGGCGCAGUGGAGGAGGUGAUGUGACAAAUGUUGAGCUCGGAGAUCAUGGAAAAUAUGCUCUGAUCACUUUUGCUGAUGCCAAAGAUGCUGAGGCUGUGACCAAAAGGAAACACAUAAUUAAUGAGCACCAAGUGGAUGUCACUCUCUAUUGUGAAUGUUUGGGAAUAAGAGGGGGAGAACUAGAGCCCAAUGUAAGAUUACCAGAGCCAGCUGCUUUGUCCGAAUCUACUCAAGUCAAGAUUUCAGCCAUUAAAAUGGCCCCUCGUGUGAUGAAAAGCCUCAUCUCUUUACUGGAAGAGCAAAAUGCUCAUCUGAGCAUGGCAGGUCUACCAGAAGAAAUUUGCCUGACCUGCUCUUUGACUCCAGAGACUGAAGGAGUCAGACAACUUGUAAAAUCAUGGGAAGAAAAAGUGACGGGGGCUUUGGACAGCUAUUUAAAAAGUGUUGAGAUGGAAGAACUUAGUGUUUCCGAAGAAGAGUAUGCUGAAGUGACUGAGCAACUAAAGGAAGUGUCUGAGCAUGCUGAAAUAGAUAUUAACUUCGAUCCUCAGAGAAGCAUCCUUAUCAUUAUCUGGGUUGGAGAAGAUAAAAGGGAAAUUACUAAGGAAGUGAAGAAAAUUAUUGAAGGGGCUCAAGUUAAUGUGAAGAGAAAACACGAAGUCAAAAAGGAGCAGAUGAAAAUACCCAAAGGAAAAAUUUUACUACUAAAAACACAUUUAACUAACACAAGAGAGAAGUUUCCAGAUUUGUCCAUUCAUUUUGAUGAUGAGAAUGAGUGUAUUGAAUUUACAGGAGUUGGUGAAGUGAUCACAGAGAUGAAGCUCAUAAUAAGUGAUUUCAUGAACAACAUGACAUGUAAUUCCCACAUCUGGGAUUCCCAGCUUAUAUCACAGCUGUUUGCUUUUCCUAAAGCAAGAGAAAUGUUUGAGAGGGAGUGUAUGAAGCAGGAUCAAGACGGUGCUGUUGUGAUUUUACCAGGUGGCUUUGAAGUGUACUCUUUUGAUGAAAUACUCGCUGAAAAGAUGCUUCUUGCUGGUCGUAAAUCAGUGCAGCGCAGAGUUGUCAAAUUUGAAGAUGGCAUGGAAGAUAUAAUUAAACUGGAGAGAUGGGCACAAAUGAAAGAGUCUGUUUUAGAGGCAAACAAAGAGCUCAUGGUAAUGGAUGAAGAUAAAACGGCCUUAACAAUUGUCAGUUUAAACACAAACAUCAACACAUGCAUCCAGCAGCUGAAGAGCUUCCUGGAUGAAAACUUCAUUCAGGAAGAUACCCUUACAGUGGCAAAACCCUUCAAGACACUGUUCCAAAAGUACUUUUGGAAGAAUUUUGAGAGAAAACGUGCUGAAGACAAAAGGAUUAGGCUUGACCUCAUGAAUUUAAAUGAAGAUGAUGACAGAGUUGUUAUAAAAGGGAAUGCAUCCGCCAUUCAAGAAGCAAAAGCUGUUGCAGUCAGCUUUAUCAGAAGUUUGAAGUGCACAGCAAAGACUGUAAAGAAGCCUCUUUUCGAUCAGUUCCUUCAGUCUUCUGACUGGAAACUUGUUCGUGAGGAGAUAGAACAGAAUCUAAUGUGCAAGAUUCUGAUGCCAGAAGACAAAUUUGAUUGCUUUUUCUCUAGUUAUGAUUCAGAUUAUAGACAGUUUGGGGAAACAAGCUAUCUCCCUGAAGAUGUUGAUGAAAUUCCAGAUGUUAGACAGUAUGAUGCCAAUGCCUUUUCAGCAACAUCUUUACCAGCAGGAGGAAAAGGACGCAGAAGCUUUGGCAGUACAAAGUUUCAAGCAGAUAUUAAAAUCAAGGUUCCUGCAACAACGCCUAAGCUGAUAAAACCUCCAAGGCCAAGAAUCUACUUAAGCAUCAUGUCAGAUAUCACCAAAGAAGAACAUGAUGUGCUGGUGAACUCAGCAUCAGCGUCACUGCACCUGAACCAUGGGCAAGUUUCCACAGCCUUGCUCACUGUUGGAGGGGACACAAUACAGGCAGAAUGCACUCAGCAAUAUCCACAGGGCAUCCAGCCAGGCGAGCUUGCAAUAACUUCUGGAGGAAAACUUUUUUGCAAGAAUAUUUUUCACUGCUGUCUGCCAGAAAAGAAAGAUGAACAACAAAUGAAAGAUAUUCUCACAAAAACCAUGAUGAAAUGCCUUUCCGAGGCAGACACACGAGGCCACAGAUCCAUUGGUUUCCCAGCUCUAGGUGCAGGAAAUCUUGGCUAUCCCUCAGAUCUUGUAGCUGAGACUAUGUUCCAAGCCACUGUGGACUUUGGCCUCAAGAACCCGCAGUGCAAGCUAUCAGAUGUCUUUUUCAUCCUGCACAAAAAAGAUACCCAAAACAGAAAUGCUUUUGAAGAGGAAAAUGAGAGAUGGAGGCAGGAUAAUACACAGGAGGAAGAAGUCACUCAAGAAGAUGAAGAAGACAUUUCACAAAGAAAUCCAGAUGCCAUGGGAACUAAGCGCUGGUUAUUUUUUAAUGAGACUGCAAAGACAGUGAAGCUGAUGUUUGUUACUCAGGAUGCUGUCACAAUGGAUAAGGCUGAAGAAGAACUUAUGAACCACUACCGAAAGACAAUUGUUGUUAGCCAGUUUGAUGUGCCUGACCUUGAGAGGUGGCAAGAGGAUUUCAUUAAUGAUCUUGUCAAUGGUUGCAAGGUAGCGCUUGUUGAUCUCACAAUCAACUAUGACUUAGGAAGACUUAAACUAGAAGGACUACGUGAAAAAGUAGACAGUGUACCUGUAAACAUUAUAAUGAAACAGGCAGGGGAUCGCAUUCAAGAAGACAAACUAGCACAUCUAAUGGCUAAGCAGAUUAGAUGGUACUUUGUUGAGGUUUACCAAGCAGAUGAAGAGCUAUUGGAAUAUGAUGUCCGAACAAGUUACAGAAUAGAAAGGGCAUACAGGGAUGGAAAGCAUAAAGAAUUCAUCUUUGAUGACCAAAACCAGGCUUAUGUUGUUGAUUUUACCAAGAUGGAAGAGAAGCCAGAGAAUCCUAUGGUUGCAGAUGAGGUGACCCUUUAAGAAUUGUGAGGAAAAAUUUGAUACAAGAUAUGUUGUUGGAUGCCCCACUACCUGACACUUGGAGUAAGAUGGGAAAUGCUGAUUUGGAUGUUGUACCUGUUAAGUCAGGCACUAGAGACUAUGAACGUGUAACAGAGCUGUUCAAACAAACAUGUACCCAAAUGACAGAAAUCCUGAAGAUUGAAAGAGUUCAGAACAAAACACUGUACAAGCAGUAUAUGGCCAUGAGGCAGCAAAUGCUGAAGACAUGCAAGAAACCAGAAAAAGAGAACUUAUGGCAUGGAACCAAUGAAGAGGCAGCACAGGGCAUCAUCAAACAUGGUUUCAACAGAAGCUACUGUAAUCUAAAAUUUUGCGCCUAUGGACAAGGUGUUUACUUUGCCACAAAAGCAGACUACUCCAGCAGAGAUCAGUAUGCAAAGGCAGACAGCAGUGGGGCCCGCAACAUCUUCAUGUGCAGGGUUCUUGUUGGUCAGUACGUGGCAGGAUCCAAAGAAAUGCGGGUGCCACCACCCAUACCUUCUACAGAUGGCAAACACUAUGACAGCACAGUUGAUGACGUCAAUGAACCAAAUAUUUUUGCUGUCUACAGUGAUGUGCAAGCAUAUCCAGAAUAUCUGAUCAAGUUCAAAUAAAUUCAAAGACAAAUUCUGAGAUAAAGUUACAUGGCUGCUCCUGAAAUUUCCUACAAAGUUUAUGUUGUAUUUUUAAAAAUCAUUUUGUAGGUGAUUUAUAUUUUCAUAUUUUUUGAUUGCAUUCCAUACUUGUGCCACUUACCUAUAGGUACAGAUAAUAACUUGCACCAAAGAAUGUGGAUGGUAUUAUUCAAAUUAUUAAACAGUAUAGUUAAUGGAAUGUUAGAGUUUGAUUUAUUUUGGACAGUCUAGUGUACACAUUUCCAGUUAUAACAUGGUAAACAUAGUAGGCACAUACUUUCUUUUCAAAAAAUGUAGUGAUUAUCACUGACAUUCCAGUAAACAGUUAAAAAAAAUUAGAAUAAUCAUCAUGGGUCAAAGUCACUUAUUACAGUAUUUGCAACAUUUUGUAUUUAUGGCUGAAACUGUAUACUUCUUCAAGAAGACAGGCUUUAGUUCUUAAAAUCUUUUAGACCAUAUGCUAUUUUCAAAUUAACUGCAUAGUUUUGAUAUACCCUCUACUUUUCUAUUCCCUGUGUUUCUUCAGCAAAGUUGUUUGUAAUUUCUGUAGAUGUUAAAAGGAAACUUCUACUUGGACAAUUAAGAUGACUUUUAAAUAUGAGAGGUUGUGCAGUCUGUGUAAUGUUCAAGAAAUAGGAGUUAUUUCUUUACCCCUACGAGCUAUGCAGGAGCAGCGCCAUCCAUCACAUUCUGUCUACGAGCACUUCCAACACUCUUUUCUGUGCAUUUGUUCUAUCCAGGCUUGAUUACUGUGACUCCUUGCUUACUGGGUGUCCUGCUAUUCCUUUUUCACACCCUUCCCUGCUCAUCUUUAUCAUGCUACUCUCAGUUCUUGUUAUUUGGUUCUUCUUUUAUGUUUUCUGUACUUGUUUUUAUUCAUCAUUAGUACUGUUGCUUUCUUAGUUCAUGUGUUAUUUGUUUGUCUUCCUGUCCCUCGGAUGCUGUCCAUGUCUAUUUUAGUAGAGGCCCAAACGUUUUGAAGUUCCAUGAUCUGCUCAAUUUAAACAAUAUCUUAUUAACUGAAAGGGCACAUUUCAUUCAAAUAAAAUAUUUUAUUACCAUAACAGGUGUUUGAAAUAAACAUUUUUUGUUGUGAAAAUGUUAUUUGAAGGAUUUGUUUUCACAUGCUGCUUUAUCAUAAGUUUCAUUACUUCUAUUAUAAGUAACAGCAAUAUCUACUUUAUAGUAUUAGCCAUGUCAUUUGGUGGUGUGGAAAUAUGUAUGAUGAAGGAUAUAGAAUAUAGUAGAAUAGUGCUUGUAUUUGUGGAACUGUAAACCUGAUGCUAUUGAAGAAUAUGUUGAAAUGCACAAGUUUCCUGGAAGAAAAUAUCGAGCUGCCUGAAUUGGCUGUGAACUGAUAGCAAACAUAAAACAAAUUUUGUACAAGUUUCUAGGCUGUUGGAUAAGCAUCUAAGUUUUCUUCAAACCAUGAAGGGUAUUAAGACUUUUGAAAAUAUUACUUUAUACAGUAUGUAUAUAGCAUUUUGCUUCUAAAUGAUAUGACAGGGAAAUGACAACUAUGUAGAUGUACAAGAGUGGCUGGAUAUUUUUUUAUAGGCAACAUUAAGCAGUCCAGGAUAUGUAUAUAGAUGAAUAUGUAUUUGCAAUAUUUUGUCUUUCAUUAUUAAAAUUUAACUGAUCAUUUUACAAAUUUUCAAAAACCUUUAUAAACUUUUGUAAAUCAAUAAAAGUGCUGUUUACUGAGGGAAAAUAAAAAAAUAUAAAUGCUUACAUUCAUUAGCAAUUUUAUAGUUAUAUGAAUAUGAAUUUUAUAAUAUUUGCUUUUAUUUAAAUUUACUGAGAUUUGUGUACUACAAUAUAAUGAUAUGUAACCAUUUAAUUUCAGAUAGUGCUUUGUGUGACCUUUUAAACUUCAUCUAAAUACAUAAAGUGAACAUACUGAGAGAAUGAGACUAGUCCUUCUAGCUUUGCAGGUUUGCAUGUAUGUGCAAGUGCGGAGACCUAUGAGACCAAACGCCUGAUUGAUCAGUCUUUUGGUUAAAUUACAUUAGGACUCAAAACGAAAAAAAACCUGCACUCAAGAAAUAAUUAUAUGGUACCUGUUCCACAGAAAGAGUUCAAAAUUCAUGUGGAUAUAUAAUUUUCAUUUAUUUGUAUCCAGUGUAUGCAGCUCAUUGAAGUUUAUAAAUAAAAACAAUUCAUUUUAUUGGAAAACAGAAAAAUAAAUGUCCCUUAAA